AUGGGCAGACGAAAGCGCCAAAGGACAAAUGCUGGGACGACAGUCAGUGAAGACGGGACGGGACUGCCACCAGCCUGUGACCUAGAAUCAGAAAGUUGGGCCAGACCCGUCUGCUUGGAUGAAGUCCUGAACAGCAAGCAUAGCAAGCCAGCAUUCCAGUGCUUGCCGGGCUGCCUGGCAGUGGGCGGUGUGAAGGCCUUGGACAGCAUGUCCAUGGGAAAGCUCGCAUCCGCUUCCCGCGAGCUGUACAAAGCAGUUCGAGACGGCGCCGCUCUGCGAAUCGGGCUCGGCCUUGGCCAUGGCUGUAUCCAAACAGAUUUGCCUGGGCCCGGGCCUUCGCGGCGCUUAAAAAAUCCUGUUCUUGUCUUAAGUCACCUGGAGUCCAUGGCGAAUGCGCCUUUUCUGUUUGCAUCUUUGCGCGGAUUGCUUCGAUGUCUCGUGGAGACAGGUAGGGACGAAUCAAGUGCAUUGUUGCUUGAAGUUCCGCCAGAAGAUGACCGCUUGUGUGAGCUACUUUGUGAGCUGGUGUUUGACACGGACGCGCGAAGUCAAGACAGGCAAGGCAGCUCAAAUGACACUGCGCAAAUUCGCGCUUCCACACUGGCACGCCUGGCGUCGCUGAUGUAUCAGUACAAGCCCCAGUCACCAGACGAUGGCUUGAGGAUUUUGGAGAGACUGCUGAGCGUCAGAACAAAUCGGCAUUCCAAGAUCGAUGCUGCCUACAUCACGGAGCAAGGGGGUGUGGCCGCGCAGCUGGCACACGGACUGCCCAACCUCCUGCCAACGACACGGACAUGUAAGAGUUUGGCUUCAAAGACCAAGAAGGUUUUCGCUGCUAAGCUGAUAUCCCAGUUACUGGAGCGUCUCGUUUUCCCCUUGCCAGAAGCAAGCAUCGUCUUGCAGUUUUCGCUCCCCGCUGAGAGAGCUGUCAGCCAGCAGCUCAUGCGCGGACAAACCACAUCAUUCAUACACAAUGUCCAUGUCUUGGAAAGCGAAGCCUGGAACGCUGGCAGAACCUUGGAUGUAUUUGCCAUCCAGGCAAAAAGACGUUACGUCCUGGUUCUUGAAGAGAAUGCCGCGCUGCAAGGGGGCAGCUUGCCGCUGGGCACCUUAGUCUACUACGAGCAGCUGAGCAUCACGGAACCGGUCGUGCUCGUGGGCGCAGGAAAAGAGCUUCCGACCAUUUGGGGCGGGAAAGAUGGGGUUGUUGUCUCUGGAGCUGGUGCGUCGGCAUGUGCCUUGAGACAUCUGAGACUCUGCGCAGAGUCGCGCUGUCACGCUCUGACUGUGAGCAAUUCCAGCCCCCUCAUAGAAGGCUGCGAGAUUGUUGGGUCCUGCGGCGAUCCCGCAAGGGGCGCUCCUGCAGGGCUGGAGGUUCGAGGCCAGUCCGGUCCAGUCAUCCGUGAAUGCCGCAUCUUCGACCACGCAGGAGCGGGCAUUGCUUUCCUGCAAGGCGCCAACGGUUUGGUGGCAGCUUGCGAUGUGACUCGCUGUGCAUGUGGUAUUUGGCUGGAAGGCGAGGCUAAUCCGAUUAUUUGGCGCAACACGCUGGCCGGACAUCGAGGAGCAGGAGUGGUGGUUCGGGCCAGUGGUCGAGGCUGCAUUACUGGCAACACCAUUCUGCGAAACGGAGCUGGUGGCCUGCUCGUAGAAUCCUCACGGCGAGCUGUGACCACCAUAGUCCGAAAUCGUGUAUGGGCCAACAGCGGAUGUGACUUGCGACAGUCUCCAACCUCGACCGGCCUCCUGGCUGGAAAGGCGGCUGCUGUUACUCUGGCCAACACCGUGGGGCACCAGGACAGUCCAUCUGCGAGUCAUGGCACCGAGCUCACGGCGAUCUGGCCACAGCGCGUGGUGAUAAAUGCGCGCGACCUGCGAGCAGCCGUGCGUGAAGCUCCAUCAGACGGGUUCACGUUCCUCCAAUUGCAGGGCAAAGUUGUGCUCGAGGAGCCCCUUGUAUUGGAUAAGCCUGUCAUACUUGCAGGUGAGUCGCUAACAGGCGAUUCAGGAAGCGUCGAAUCACGAGGUGAGCUGCACGGACCGCCUGGUGGAUCAGUGGUCAUCAUCCAAACUGCCGAGAGCUGCGCGCUUUGGCGCUUGAACUUGGUUCUCUCGCCUGCAUCAACGCCAGCUUGUUGUUUGCAGGUGGAGACAGGAUCUCCUGUGCUGGUGGAUUGCGAUCUGCAGGUGCACGGUGUCCAGCUGGACGGAUCUGUGCCCACACACUGCGUUCGGGCAGCUGGCGGGGAGUCCAAGCUGUUGCUGAUCGGAUGCUCUCUUGCGGGGGCGACAGGAAACGGCUUGUUGCUGGUAGAUGGAGCAUCGGCUUCGAUGGUCAGAUGCCAGGUGAAGAGCAACCGCCAAGGUGGUGUUUUCCUCGCGGACGGUGCCUCCUUGCUGGCCGAAUCGUCUGACAUCAGUCGUAACGGGCACUUUGGCGUGGUGGAGGACAUAGUAAACAUUCAUGCAGACAGUGACGACUAUGUCACCGAGGUGGUGGACGUCACGGGUGGUAGUGAUGAGGAGGACUUGGUGGAGGUGAAAGCGGGCGAGCCUCCCCGAUAUUUCCAUGGAUACAGAAGGGGUCGCGAACUUGGCAGAGGCGCCUCUGGCCAAGUUUUCGUGUGCCAUAAGAAGGGUACAGAAGGAGGCUUUGCCGCGGGCUUUGCCGUCAAAGCGGUGGACCUGCGAAGGCUUCAUCUCCAGCCCAAUGCAGAACGCGAGGAGAAGAAGCUGAGCCGGGAAGUUGAGAUUCUGAAGCGUCUUCCACCGCACCCAAACAUUGUUCAGCUGGUGGAUACCUUCGAAGAAGGUGAGUGGUUUCUCUUGGUCCUAGAGCUGGUCGGUGGUGGUGACUUGUACACUGUUCUGACGAACAGGGAGCCACCCAGACUGCACGAGCGUGAGGCUGCUUUUGUCUUGGCGCAGCUGGCGGGUGGGCUUGCAUUCUUGCACGGACAGGGGGUCAUUCACCGGGACAUGAAGCUCGAGAACGUUCUAGUGCAUGGGGAGCGCCGUGAACGUCCACUGAUUCUCUACACUGUGAAGAUUACGGACUUUGGCCUUUCCAAGGCAAUAGGAGCUGGCUUCAGCGAAGCUCGAUCUACGGUCGGCACGCGGCCAUACACAGCUCCUGAGGUUCUCAGGGAGGACUCGCACGACUUCAGCUCCGACCUUUGGUGCUUGGGUGUACUCCUUUUUGUCCUGCUUGCAGGGCACUUCCCCUUUUCAAAGAUUCCGUUUAAGCAAGAAGAAUUACAGAUGAUCGUUGGCAAGCUGAAGAUCAGUGACACCUCAAAGUCCGUGGUGCUUGGACUUCUGCAGCUGGAGCCACGUCAGCGAACGGACCUGGCAACUUUGAGCCGCCACGAAUGGCUGUGUUACGAAGUGGAGUCUCCAGAUGAAGCUGAGAAGUCGGAUAAACCGAAGCGGACGCGAUCUGUAAGUGCCUCACCCUCCAUGCGGCCGAUUGCACCCCAGCCGGUGGCAAGCGUGCCCGCCAAGAAACCCACAGAGUCACCUGCAGAGGCAGUUCCCAGUGAAGCAUGUGCGGGCCAGGGCCACACAGCUAAAAUUGAAUCUGGAGCUGCUGUGCCAGGGCCAGAGCCACCAGCUCCUACAGAGCAGGGUCCGGUGAGUCCAGUCAUAGUUCCUCCACGCGUUGAUGUGCCACAGAACCUCCAGGUAGUUCCAAAGCGUUCCAUCUCGAUGAUAACGACAGGCGAAGUCUCACCACCGAGCUCUGACCCAGAAGUGAUGCAGCUGCAUUUGGUGGUGCCUGACCGGCUUGCUGGCACGAUCAUGGGCAAGGGCGGCCCACAACUGAAGCAGAUUUCCUCAACUUUGGGCUGUCAGGUACGCAUGAUUUCACGAAAGACGGUGGGACAGCACCGAAUCAUUGGACACCACCGCAUCGUGAUAUUCGGCACCUAUAACCAAUGUGUAAUUGUGCAAGAGUUGGUGCACGGGCGUUUGAUGGACGCACUGCGCGCAGAGGGCAAAGAGCCCACAACAGAGACUGCUGUUGUUCUAUUCGUUCGUGCAGAAGCUGCAGGAAUGGUCAUUGGUAAGCAGGGCUGGGUACUGAAGCAAAUCCGCAAGCAAUCCAAUGCAAAGAUCCAGCUGCUGCGAGAGGAAGUCCGAGGCCAACGUCCCUGCAUUAUUGAGGGCGAGCUGCAAAGCAUCAUCCGUGCCGAGAAGCAUGUCUUUGACUUGGUAGCAGCCGUUCAGGUUGUACCUCCCAAUGCCCCCGCACCAACCAUGGAAAUGGGUCAAAGCCCGCGCUGGACUACCUCUGGCCCAUACUUGCCACGGACUCGCAUCAGUGCAGAGCCUCUUACUGGCAAAGUGGUGUUCUGGAAGGGUCAGGUGGGCUGGAUAGAGCCAGAGCAUGCGGUCAACCAUCCCAAGGCGUAUGCCCACAAAGGGCAGCUUUAUGUACAUUCACAAGAUGUGUUGAACGGCGAAACGCUGUCCUCGGGCACACAAGUGCGGUUCCACCUCUACGAGGAUAGUAGUGUCGCAUGGCUUGAUGUGAGCGGUGCUCCUGUUCUGCAAACAAAGCCAAGCGCAGCAGCCAAGUCGCGCCCGUCCUCUGCUUCGACCCCGCCGUCGCGAAGUGCUGGCUCAAAGGAACAGCCCAGACCACGAUCCUCGUCAGCACAGUCCCAGUCCUCGGAUUUGGCUGCAGACGGUCCCCUGGAUGCAAAGCCGAAGAAGAAGAAGAAGGACAGGUCCAAAGGCACUUCUGGAGACAAGGAAGAAAAGGAACACAAAGAUGCAGAGGCAAAGACAGAGAGCGCUGCCGGAGGUGAGAGCGGACGCAGUGAGGAGCCGACGCCACCGUGGUCUGCAGAGGAGGCCGACACAAGCACUGUCGUGGACGAGGUCUCCGAGGCACCAGAUCGAUCCGGACAGGCUGCCGAGGAAGGAGGCCACGAAGCCUGGCUCAGGACCAGGAUGGAGAGAUCGGCUGGCUUCGGCGCUGAGGAGGGCGACAGAUGGACGCUUUUCGAGAUAUUGGAAAUGUUGGCCACGAAAGACAACCACAAAGAGGAGGUUCUGGACAGUGUCGGUUUGAGUGGCCAGAUCAAGCCACACGACACAGUUUAUCUUCGUGGCCAUACCGGUCGAUGGAUGGCUGUCAAAGAUGGCACGCAAGUGCUGUGCAAUGCAGCCGAUCGAACGCAAGCUGCGGCGUUUGUCAUUGAGUUUAAGGGUCCCGCUUUGAAGAAUGACUGCCGAGUGGGCUUCAAGCUGGACUCCGCAGAUGGACGCGCGCUUUGGCUUGGCGUAUUGCCAUCCGGGGAUGUGGGGCUGUUGCAGAAAGGCGACGGAGGAUCGGACACCUCCAUGCGCUUCGUGGCAAAGACUACUUCACCUGCGGCAGUGUUGUCUGGAACAUCAGUCCAUUUCAAAUCCAUGGCAACGGGCAAGAUGAUGGAAGUAGAUGGUGCCGACGUGCGUGCGCGAAGCAACACUGAAGGCACUCGACAACGAAUAGCCGUUGAGAAACUGGCCGUUGACAUCUCCUUGCCAGAGCCCUCCCCUGAUGUGGAUCUGACCGUGGAGCAGAAGGCUUGGGCUUAUUUGCAGGCGGCCCACUGCGCCCUGGUUGACAGGCAGAACCUCGCCCGCUUUCUGAGCAGCCCCAAGCCACACUGCAAGGAGCUGCUCAAGGCAUACACGAAGUUGUGGGAGUCUGAAUGGCGUGUGGAAUGGAGGCAGACCUUGGAGAUCCCAGAGGAAAGCGCGGCCAGCUCUCCUGGCAGCCGGCAGUCAUCACGGAGUAAUUCGGCUGGGCCGGCUGCGACUUCAGAUUCUUCGCGACCCCGAGCUCGAUCUCAGUCCAUCAGAAGACGGAUGAGCCGAACUGACUGGAUCUUGGGCAUGGUGGGUGGCGUGUCGUCUACCGCUGAUGACAAGAGCAACGGUAAUUUGUUUGUAUCGGCCAUGCGCUCAUUUUUCGCCAAUGCAAUCAAGAUGUCGCAGCUCGAGGCUGACCCUGUCCAGCGGGUCAUUGAGGCGUUCGCAGAAGCGCUUGUUGCGGAUGCUGCAUUCCUAUCGUGUUUCGAGGCAUCGAUGCUUCCCGAGAAGGAGCGUCAGACAUAUCGCAAACCAGACGAGGUCCUUUUCGGCCUCGCCUAUACAACGUUAAUGCUCAACACAGACAUGCACAACAAACAGGUUGCUUCAAAGAUGUGGGACAGUAAGAAGUUCGUUGGCGCAGGCAAAGGCUGCGGAGUGACUGGUGGCUUGAUGGCCCAAAUAUACAAGAAUGUGCAGAGUGAGGAGAUCUAG